CAUGGACCGCCGCCAAAUCCAACUCCACUCCGACGCCGGCGGGGCCAAGAGCCUCCUCCCCCGCAACGGCCCCUCGACGGCCCAGGUCCUCGCCAUCCUCACCCUCCUCCCCGUCGGCGGCAGCCUCCUCGGCCUCGCGGGGAUCACGCUCGUCGGGAGCCUCCUCGGCCUGGCCGUCGCCACCCCGCUCUUCGUCAUCUUCAGCCCCAUCCUCCUCCCCGCCGCCAUCCUCAUCGCCGGCACCGUCGCCGCAUUCCUCACCUCCGGCGCGUUCGGGCUCUCGGGGCUCUCGUCGCUGUCGUGGGUGUUCAACUCAUUCCGCCAGGCCACAGGGCGGGAGCCCCUCGACUACGCGAAGAGGCGCGUGCAGGAGGGGACGAUGUACUUCGGGGAUAAGACGAAGCAGGUCGGUGAGACGAUCAAGAGCAAGGCCCAGGAGGGCGGCGCCCAAGCUGGCGGCGGCGCUGCCAAGGCUUGAAGAAGGUGGAGCGAUUUGGAUUGAAUAAUGAUAAAUGUGGAAGUAGUUGAAUUUGGUGUAUGUGUGUUUUUGUGUGAGUUUUUAUGUAUUGAGUUUGCACUUAUAUUUUAUUUGUAUGAUGUGUAGAUAGUUGUGUUUGUGUGUGAAAGUGAAACAUUUAGUCUGGAAUUGAUGCGGAUUGAUAGAAGCUGUUUGUGUUCACUUUGUUAA